UUUUGCGAGACCAUGUACCGGAGUGCGAAGAGCAAUUUCCAGAAGCUUUACUAUAGCUGAGCCGGUGGUAGUUGCGUUGGUGUGCUUAGAGUAUUGACCAGAAACAGUGAUUUUGUGAUUUUUUUUUCUAUUAUUUAAAAUUGUGAGACAUCUUUGUGUAAAAUGAGUAAUCCGUUUUUGUCGCACUGGCCACUAAGAUAAGUUUUAUAAAGAAGUAUCUCAAAUCAACUGCGAAGAAAUUAAAGUACAAAUAUACUCAGAAAAGAUUCUCUAGUCAUCUAAGUCACGGGAAUCAGGUUAAAACUAAGCUUAAGCAAACGCAAGUCAACUCGAACGGGAUAAAAAAUCUCGCUCUAUAACUUCGAAUCGAAACCAAAGAAAUCAAUUCAAAAUGGUGGAUCUACUGUCUUCGAUUAUGAAGGAUUUCGGAACGUGGCAGCUCAGGGCGGUUCUGUUGAUAUACCUGUGCAAAAUUCCGUCAUCGUGGUUUAUGGCAUGUCUGAUUUACACGGCACCAGUUCCUAAGCAUGGUGAAUUUUUCUGUAAGCCUCCGCCUGAAAUUGGGCACUACAACAAAACGCAAUGGAUCAAAGUGUCACACCCAAUCAUGGAGGAAGUUCACGACGAAGAGUUCAACAUCGACUAUUGCAACGUGUUCGAAGAUGCUAUGGAGCAUAGUCUGCAGUUCUACAAUGAUCCAAGUCUCAAGCCCUGGGUUGAGCCCGUCAACAACAGCAGGGUUAUCCCGUGUGAAUCAUUUGAGCAUCAUUCAGACUAUACCUCCAUAAUCACUCAGUUCGAUCUGGUGUGUUCAAGAGACAUUCUGGUAGCAACCACUCAAUUUUUCCACCUGUUUGGCGUUCUGCUUGGUGGCAUCCUAACUACUGAAUUUUUGAAAACGAUAAGUCCGAGGAACAUUAUGCUGAUGGGAAUGUAUACGCAAAUCUUGAGCGGCUGCUUCACUGGACUGAUUAACGUAUUCGAGCUGCACAUGAUGUUCCGGUGCUUGAGUGCCAUUUGCUGUGGCUUCAUGUACACCGCAGGCGGUGUCAUAAUGAGUGACAUCACCGGAGGAAAGUACAAAACCGCUGUCAUAUGUUUGUUUGAACAGUUCUGGUCGAUCGGUGUGAUGAUGCUUCCUGGAGUGGCCAGUUUUUGGAGCAGCUGGUCCCAGCUUUAUUUGGCAAUCUCGCUGCCAACCUUCAUAUUGAUCAUUUUGCACAGGUGGAUCCCAGACUCUCCCCGAUGGCUGGUCAAACACGGUCGAGUGCGGGAAGCCCAAUGGUAUCUGCUGGAGUGCGCCAAAUUUAACAACAACGAAGUAAGCAUUCCAACCGAUUUCGAUCAUCAGCUGAAGUCAUACUCCGAGGCGGCCAUCGAACAACCGGAACCCGACUCGUGGUGGAAAAUUUGGGAGGAGAAAGCCAGCACGAAGAAUCUGAUCUGUGUUCAUCUGGCGUGGUCCCUCUUUAUUGUGGUGUACUAUGGCAUGCUGUUGAAUAUCCGAGCAUUCGGGCGGGACCACUUGCGAAUCAACACGUUGAUUGCGGGUCUAUCGGAAUUCAUCGGCACGUCAAUUGGAUUUGCGUUGAUCAUGUUCACGAAGAACAAGUGGUUCUGGACUGGACUGUUCAACAUUGUUGCUGGACUGAUUGCAUAUUGUGGGUGGUUGAUACCACCAGAAAUUACAGGGGACAAGCGAGUCGCUCUUCUGAUGCUUACUGCAAUGAUCUCUAAGAUGAGCAUUUCUUGCGUUCUAUCUAUUCUAACGACAUGCACUUCUGAGCUUGUAAGUGAAAAGAAAAAGAACGGCGUCGUCUACUCCACCAUAGUGUGGGCGAGGUUCUGGCUAUUAGGAGCACCUUUUAUUGGAGCCACGGUCAUAUUUGGACAGUUGGUGCCCCAAACGGCAUUUGGAUCGUUGGUUCUCAUCGGUGGUAUAAUCGUGGGAAGUAUAAGCGGACCGCGGACGCACCCGGUGACCAAGAAGAACUCAGUUUAUCCAGAAAUAAUUUCGACAUCGGCAAACUGGCCUUCGGACAAAUCGUUAGGAAUAUAUGAUUUGAAACAAUAA